GUUGUUAUGAAAUUCAAAUUAAGAAAUAAAAUACGAAAGAAGCAUUGGUUAGAUUAUGCAGAUGACAAAUACGAAAAAUGCGUUAUUUCUGAUGUGAAAGAUCUGAUUAGCGAUUUGUUUCUACUGUUACCUCUUCCGGUGUUUUGGUCACUGUUUUUUCAAAUGGGUUCGAGUUGGACGUUGCAAGCAAACAAAAUGAAUCAAAACGUAUUAGGUUUUGAUAUAAAACCCGAUCAAAUGCAAGCAUUGGAUCCAAUUAUGUUUAUUAUUUUUACACCUAUAUUCGAUUACUUAUUAUACCCAGCAUUAAGCAAAGUUAAUCUUCUCACUAAGCCUCUUCAUAGAAUGGUCAUAGGAGGUCUCUUCGCAUCAAUGGCAUUUAUAAUCGCCGGAUUUCUGCAGUUGUCCAUUGAAAGCAACCUCUCCUCUCACAUUCAUCUGAAAAUUAUUAAUGAAAGUCCAUGUGAAAUCAGUUUAAAAGUACAAAGUUUAUCUUCAAAUAUUACUUUCCAGGUGGAUAAUAACAGCAUUACUGAAACUGAUGUUCAAAACUUACAUUUAAGUAGUUUACAUCUUACAUCUUGUAAAAUAUCAAAACCGUUUAUUUAUUUUAUAAAUAUGGAAACCAACGAAACGCUAGAUCUUCCAGAAUAUAAUAAUACUUUUUCUCUGGAAACUGUUGGCAGAAACAGAACUGUUUUAUAUCUUAAACAAUGGAACGGAAUUGAAAAUCUUAGAAACAUCAAGUUCAUAACCGAAAAUGGAAUAAAUUACGAAGUUGAAAUUACUAUUCAUUCCAAUAGUAACUUGAGCCUUUCAUUUACGAAAGUGAAUAGUCAAAUUUCAUUUUCUAUUUUGUUACAAGUACCCCAGUAUUUUCUUAUGUCCAUUGGGGAAAUUAUGUUUUCCGUUACAGGAGCAUCGUAUUUCUAUUGUCAGGCACCAAAGUCUAUGAAAUCUGUAAUUCAAGCGUUAUGGAUGCUGACACCUACGUGUGGAAAUUUGUUGGUUAUGAUUAUUACUGAGAUCAAAAUAUUUGGAAAGCAAUCUUACGAAUUCUUUUUGUACGCAGUUCUAAUGGCAAUAGCUAUGUUGAUUUUCUUCAUAAUGAUGUAUUGCUCUAAAGGUACAAAACACGUUCGAAGAAAUUCCGAAUUCCAAAGGGUGAAAUCGGAAAUAGUCAAAUUAUCAUUGAAAACAACAGAAUCCUGAUUUACAUGUGAAUUUGAACCUGUACAGAAUGUUUCAUGUUGCAACAUCUUCAUUCCGUAUUUUCAUAAUGCCGUGUAAUCAGUUAUUGGGCCGAAAUUUGAAAAAUUGUAGACCUAUAAAUUCCCACUUUCAUCUCUCUGUCUGCCUUUCGGUAAUCUCGGGAACGACGAUAGAUAAAAUAGAUGAAAGUCAAUACCAGAUAUGGAAAGUUAAUGGCAAGAGGCUCUGAUUAAUUAACUGCAUAUGAACUUUCGGUCUGAACCGGAAGUCACGUGAUUUCAAUUCAAAAAUUUUCCUCGGAACAGAAUUAUAUAGAUAACCGGCACGACUCUGUUGUUAUCAGGAAAAGUAUCAUGU